AUGGCGGAGGACGGUUAUACCUCUUCAGCAACGACCGCUUGGGAGGAUCAUUCUACUGACCUUCAUACCAAUGCAUAUGGACGCCCCUCUUUCCAAUCUCUUGAUUCAGUAGACGAGAACUCAUCCUCGGCUCAUGAGUUGUCCACAUCCCCGAAAACCCGCUCGAGCUCAGACUCUGCACCAAAGUCCUCCUCUUCACAGCCCUGGCGGGAUAGCACCUCCGCAGCCUUCAUCGACCGCCGCGACACGUUGUCUACCAUACAUACUGGCACGCCAAGCUUGGUUGAGCCGAGUUUUGACGAGAACGUGCUACGUGCCCUCUGCGAGCUAGACUGCGGUGUGCCUCUCCUUUUAGAUCGAAUAAAACAGGGUAUUGUGUCAUGUCGAGAAGCGGCCGUGUUCUUCAAGAAACGGGCUAUGGUGGAAGACGAGUAUGGGAAGACUCUACAGAAGCUUUCACGGUCAACGUCAGAGAUGUACGCGCUGAACGACGGAAAGGCUGGAUCUUUCGUGUCGGCAUGGCAGUCUUCAAUGCGUAUCCAUGAAGCGAUGGCAGAGAAUAGGAUACGGUUCGCCCAACGUCUGAACGAGAUGAGCGAAGAGUUGGGAACUCUGGUUAAGGAGGUGGAUAAGAAUAGAAAACAGACUAAAGAUCUUGCAACACGGUACGAACGUGCUCUGCAAGAAUCAGAAGGGAUCACCGAGAAAUGCAAGAAUCGCUUGGAUUUUACCUCAGAAGAGUUAGAACGGGUGCUCCUUCAAAAAGAGGGCGAGUCGAUCAAAGAUACCGGAAUGCAGAAUCGUCCAGGAGGAGCUGGGGCAGGUGGAAAGCGUGCUAUUGGCAAGGCUGUUGCUAAAGGAGGACUGCUUUUGAAAGGCAAAAACCCCGGAAAUAUUCAGCGACAGGAAGAUGAUAUCCGCGCCAGACUGUCCACUGCGUCAGACCAAUAUCGGAAGGCUGUUACAGAGACGCAGGCCAUGAGACAGGAGUAUUUCAAUUUUCAAUUGCCCCGGAUCCUACGAGCUUUAAAGGAGUGUGCAGAUGAAAUUGAUCUCGGCACGCAAUAUCACUUGACAAGAUACGCCUUUUUGUUCGAAAGCAUUGUCCUGAGCGAUGGUUCGACUCUUGUGCCACCUUCAGAAGAAGGCCUCGGCUUGAAAUCUACCAUAGAAACGAUUGAUAACCGUGGUGAUUUCAAGAAUUAUAUGCAGAACUAUGCAUUUGCCAGAGGCAGUGCGCCUCCGCGAGGUCCUCGACGAGAAGGACCAUCGGAUGAGGGUUUCUUACCUCCGCUACCCGCAUUCAAUGAGAAAACACAGGCUCGUCCUGUGACCCCCGCAACGAAUGGAUCAAAUGGUACACAAGACAAAGGACGACCGACGUUUGGUGUUGAUCUAGGCGAACAAAUGUUGCGCGACAAUGUGGAGGUUCCGCCUAUAAUGGUGAAAUGCUGCGAGGCUAUUGAGAAACACGGCAUUAAGUCGCAAGGUAUCUAUCGGGUGAGUGGGAUGACGAGCAAGGUGGCAAAUCUCAGGCAGAAACUGGAAAAGGAUUUAGAGGCGGUUGAUUUAGAUGCGCCAGAAUGGUCGGGCGAUAUAAAUAACGUGGCUAGUGUGCUGAAGAUGUGGUUGCGCGAGCUACCUGAUCCUCUGCUUACAAACAGUCUACAUCAAGGGUUCAUUGAAGCUGCCAAAAUUGAAAAUGAUAGACUACGGCACAUCCGGCUACAUGAACGCGUUAACGAGCUUCCUGAUCCCAAUUAUGCCACUCUCAAGUAUUUCCUGGGUCACCUGCAUCGGGUGAAUCAGCACGCGGCAGAUAACUCGAUGUCAAUGCAAAAUCUCGCGAUUGUUUUCGGGCCAACUCUGUUUGGUCAGCAUGCGUCAAUUAACGGCCAAGGAGGCGUUAUGGCCGACCAGACGUUCCAGAAUAUGGCAAUUGAAACGAUCCUUAAUCACUACACGGAUAUCUUUAUCGACGAAUCAGAGUGA